AUGGCGACGUUAAUCAGAAGCAAGCUUUCUAAUAAAUUGUCAAAUGCAGCCACCACUGUCUCCAACAAAUCCCAGGCGAAGGUGAGCGGGAUGUUCGCCAGGAUGGGCUUCCAGGCCGCCACCGACGAGGAGGGUCUGGGCUUCGCCGCCUGUGAUGACCUGGACUACGACCACCGGCAAGGCAUGCAGAUGGACAUUUUGACAACCGAUGAGAUGGGAGGAGAGGGGAGCGGAGAAGCGCUGGAUGGGGACAGCCACUACCAGAGGGACGGCACCGGUCCACCAAACUCAGCCUCAAAAGACGGAGAUCUGGUGAACGAGUUGACUGAAGCCAAACCAAAAAUCACCGCUUGGGAGGCGGGCUGGAACGUCACGAAUGCAAUCCAGGGGAUGUUUGUUCUUGGGUUGCCCUACGCCAUCCUGCACGGAGGAUACCUCGGACUCUUUCUCAUUAUUUUCGCCGCCGUAGUGUGUUGUUACACGGGGAAAAUCCUAAUUGCCUGCCUGUAUGAGGAGGACGAAGACGGGCAGCUCGUCCGUGUGAGGGACUCCUAUGUGGACAUUGCCAACGCCUGCUGCGCGCCCAGAUUCCCAUCAUUAGGUGGCCAUGUCGUGAAUGUAGCCCAAAUCAUAGAGCUAGUGAUGACUUGCAUCCUGUAUGUGGUGGUCAGUGGCAAUCUCAUGUACAACAGCUUCCCCAACAUGCCUAUUUCCCAGAAGUCGUGGGCCAUCAUCGCCACCAUCGCUCUCCUCCCCUGCGCCUUCCUCAGGAGCUUGAAAGCCGUCUCCAAGUUCAGCUUGCUGUGCACGAUAGCCCACUUUGUCAUCAACGUCCUGGUGAUAGCCUACUGCCUCUCCAGAGCGAGGGACUGGGCCUGGGACAAAGUCAAGUUUUACAUCGAUGUCAAGAAGUUCCCUAUCUCCAUUGGGAUUAUCGUGUUCAGCUACACCUCGCAGAUCUUCCUGCCGUCUCUGGAGGGGAACAUGCAGAAACCGAGCGAGUUCCACUGCAUGAUGAACUGGACUCACAUCGCUGCCUGCAUCCUCAAGGGCCUGUUCGCCCUAGUGGCCUACUUGACCUGGGCUGAUGCAACCAAGGAGGUCAUCACGGACAACCUGCCCCCAACCAUCAGAGCUGUCGUCAACAUCUUUCUAGUGGCCAAAGCUUUGCUGUCGUAUCCGCUGCCGUUUUUCGCUGCUGUCGAGGUAUUAGAGAAAUCGUUUUUCCAGGACGGAGGACGUGCGAUCUUUCCAGAUUGCUACAGAGGCGAUGGACGCAUUAAACCCUGGGGGCUCAGUCUCCGAUGUAUCCUUGUUGUGUUCACCUUGCUCAUGGCGGUCUUUGUGCCACAUUUUGCCCUCCUUAUGGGUCUCACCGGCAGCCUGACAGGUGCAGGCCUGUGCUUUCUGCUUCCCAGUCUCUUCCACCUGAGGCUUUUAUGGAGAAAGCUGCUAUGGCACCAGGUUUUCUUUGAUGUCGCCAUCUUUGUAAUAGGAGGAAUAUGCAGCAUAUCUGGGUUUAUCCACUCGAUGGAAGGGCUCGUAGAGGCCUUCAGAUAUAACAUACAAGAGUAAAUGCAAGCCAUUGCUGGAAGUAGAUGUUAACUGCAAACCCCACCAUUUAGUGAACAAUUUAAACACGACUUGUCGGCAAGCGCAGCUCUCUGCUUUAUUCAUGCGUAAAAAGCGCGCGCACAACACACGCGGACAUUUUCGCACUCAUA